ACAUGCCUGAUGCUAUUUAUUUGUUCGCGCCCGGAAAUCGUGCCUUACCAAUUGCGAUCCCGAGGAUUAGUGAGGUGGCCAAGUGAGAUGCAGGACACCCUGCUGGAUGUGGAUUAAAAAGCGAAAAGUGAACCCGUAAAAUGAAGUUCUAGUGAAAUAUGCAGAGUGCCACGAUGUCAAACAACGCUUACAAACGCGAAAAUACAAGCGCGUCCGCGAACGUUUUGAUGUGCAAACAAUGGUGGAAAGUGUGUUGGAUGUAUGGCGAUCAAGAAAAAUACUACCGGCAGCUGUACGGGAAGAAGUCAACGGAAAGUUUCGGAAAAGUUAUUUCGGAUAGUGAUAAAAAAAAUUUUCAAGAUUUUCAGAAUUUGUACGAGAAUACUGGUGUCGAUCAAAUGACCGAAACGUCGCCUGUGAACGAUGGUUUCAGUUUCAAUGAAAUCAGGAUGCCAUCGCCUGAGCAUGGUCGCGAAGGUUCUCCAGGAAUAAGUUCGUUGGAGAUCAGCAGAGGAAUAGAUGGAUCUGUGUGCAGAAACUGUCCAUAUCCAGACUCAAGCAUGACCAGUGCCAACGAUGCUGGAAUAGGCCCCAUCUCUCCUCCUGCUCUUCCUUCACCUGGCGGUAAACUACCAUCUUUGGAUCCGACUGACAGAUUUUUAGGCAAAGGUUCACCAUUCGCACCCUCGACGGGGGAUCCCCAAAGACAUUCCCAGAGCGACGAUGAUAGCGGAUGUGCUUUGGAGGAGUACACCUGGGUUCCACCUGGACUGAGGCCCGAUCAAGUGCACUUAUAUUUUAGUGCCCUACCCGAAGACAAGGUACCUUACGUCAACUCUGUAGGAGAACGCUACAGAGUUAGACAACUUCUCCAACAGCUUCCUCCUCACGACAAUGAAGUUCGAUACUGUCAUGCGCUUUCUGACGAGGAAAGGAAAGAACUUAGGCUGUUUUCCGCCCAACGGAAAAGGGAAGCCUUGGGCAGAGGAGCAGUCAGGCAACUGCCGGCGCCUAUGCAGUGUGAAGCAUGCGAUGAAACCAUGUCCACCGGCGAUAUUUGUGUGUUCGCAAGCCGCGCCGGUCCCAACAUGUGCUGGCACCCUGCUUGCUUCUCGUGCACUGUUUGUAGGGAGCUGCUUGUCGACCUCAUCUAUUUCUUCAAAGAAGGAAGAUUGUAUUGCGGACGACACCAUGCGGAAACGAUCAAGCCGAGAUGUUCAGCCUGCGAUGAGAUCAUCCUAGCGGAUGAAUGUACAGAAGCAGAAGGUCGGGCAUGGCACAUGAAACACUUUGCCUGCUCAGAAUGUGAACGACAAUUGGGCGGACAAAGAUACAUAAUGAGGGACGGGCGGCCGUACUGCUUGCAUUGCUUUGACGCAAUGUUUGCCGAAUACUGUGAUUCCUGCGGAGAGCCAAUCGGUGUGGACCAAGGACAAAUGUCCCACGAAGGUCAACACUGGCAUGCCACAGAAACGUGCUUUUGCUGCCAUACUUGCCACACCUCGCUACUGGGCAGGCCAUUUCUGCCUAGAAGAGGCGCCAUUUAUUGUUCCAUAGCCUGCAGCAAAGGCGAACCUCCUACACCAAGUGAUAGUUCUGGUCCAAAUACUAGGGUGCCAAGACAACAGCCAAGGAAUCGUGCUCAAAGGCCCCCAUCUCCUAAUGAAAGUAGUACUCCUCCACCUCUAUCACCUUCUACAAAGAGACAUCUGCCUCCCAUGUCACCCUCAGCAUCCCCCUCAUCGCCAACUGGACAGUAUAUUACAAGAUCUCCAACCGGUACCAGAUCUCCAAAAAUGGGAAGAAGGGCAUUACAAAGAUCUCCAAAGCCAUGUUCUAUCCCCAGCACACCUACUCUUUCAGACAACGGAACCUCCACUUCGCAGAAUGAACCGAACAACGAGGAAACUAUUACCAGAGGAUUGCCAUCUGCUUCCCCUAGUUGCAGAGGUCUGGAUCGGGUUCUUCUGGAACGAAAUCUGGAACGUUUGCUAACGGAAAGAAGCAGUAGUCAAGGCCAUUCUCCUGAUCUAGAAAAACUAUUAUCUGCCAGGGACCGGAGCAGAGAGCCGUUACAUCUUGCAGACCUGAGUCUAGAUGACUGGCCGACUAAAUCUGGAUCUGAUUACAAUCAGGAGUCUGACAGUAAGCAGGACAACAGAGUAGAGGAGAAAGAGUCAAAUACCAGCAGCACAGAGCAAGCUCCGCAUCAUGCUUCAUCGAUGCCAGAGUUGGCAAUACCUGGAUCUAGUGACAGCACUGGUAACUCAACAACUCCUGGUUCACCUAACAAAAAAGGAAGAGGUUUACUCAGCGUUAGAUUCAAGGGUGACAACGAGGCUUUUGAAGCAGAUGAGAAUGAUAACGCUAGUGUUGAAGCUUCAAGAAGGUUUCCCAGAAGUAGAAGUUACUCUGGCAGAUCUAAACAUAUUGACACACUAGAGAGAAAAAGCAAACCUAAGAAAACCACUUCAGACUCUCAUAUGCAAGGUCCUAGUUCACGGCAUAAAAACAGAGACGAUGACGACGACGACGCUGAAAGCUACUGCUCCACUUGUUCCUCCAGUUCUUCAAGUGACGAUUUGGACUACCAGUUACCACCGAGAAGGGCAUAUGGUGGCGUGAGAAUCUCCUACGUUCCUAACGACGCGCUUGCCAUUGCAAGAAGAAGACAAGCAACUAUCCAAAAAUCGCCAAGCAAAAAAGGAAUGCCUAUGGACGAUAAAGACAAGAACUGUGUCAUAUCGUGAUUACUGGCCAGAAUAAAUAUUUGUUGCCUUCCAAAAUAUAAACGAUUUGCCAAAUAGUAAAUGUACUGCAAUAUAUUCAGGGUAUCGUGUUGUUUAAUGGAUCGAUUUGCCUUGACAUUCACUAGAGCCGUGUGUGUGUGUUAACUUUGAAAGAGAAAAUAAUAUUUUUCCUCAAAUUGUAUAAUUAUUAACUACGUGACAUUUUUUUAACCUAUGAUCAAUAUUUUCAUGUAUCUGCUUGCUAUCAGACAGCAAAAAUUUUAAUUUCUGUGAUGUAAGAAAAUAUUAAUCUUCUACUUCAUUGUGUUCAGAUAUUUCAUUUAAAAUAAAUUUAAUAGGAAUAAAAAAUUUAUACUUUUUAUUAUACAAGAUUUUGUUUGUGUAUUGUUUAAACAAUUAGAUAAACAAACUCUUAGGAAAAACUGUAUUAUAAGUUCCUUCAAGUAAUUUUUGAUUCAUGAUUAUGAUGUUAGGAAAAAACCAAUAUGAGUAUCUUCUUCAUAAUUAUGGAUACAAUAAUAUAACAUGAUUAUCCCGUUGUCUUGCCUCUGAGUGUUUAAUAAACUAUUCAUUUCUCUCAAGUGCAUAUAACGUGCAUAACUGAUUUCAUAAUGAUCAGUAUGUUUACUGAUAUAUUCAACAAGAUGUAAAUAAUUUUAUGGAUGGAUUUGAAUCUUUGAAUAGGUAUCAAAGAAAAUUUUUCUUCCUUAUAUAAGUGAGUAUAGACAGCAUGAAAUAAGGUAGUAAUGAAAAAAAAAACUAAAAGAACCUCUGGCACAUAAUGAAAUCAAUACUGCACUAUUCUCACAUACCAGAAUUGCAACAAUUUUUUUAAAAGAAGUAUUAUUUUUAUAUCGUAUUCGGCAAUAUCUAGCAAUUUAUGAGUUGAGAUUCCAUAUUUAUGAAAUUCAUGGGCUAUUUGACUACCCUAAAAUGGAAGCCUGAAUAUUGAAAUUCAUUAUCAUCCAAUGAUGAAGGUAGAUGGGAAAGUAUUUUUAAUCUACACUUGAUGAAUAAUUAUUAAUUAAUUGGUGAAACGACACUACCAUAUUGUCUUUUUAAAUUCUUAACUAUCACUAUAGUUCAGAAUAUAUAUUUCCUUGAAAAGUGAAUCGAAACUAUCUUCAUCAUCAUAAAUCAUCUUUCCAAUAGGAUCGAAGUUGUUCUGAUAAAAUCUAAUACUGGGCUUGAUAAGUAGAAUUUGAAACCUCUGGCUUGAAAACCGUUUUCCCACACAAAAACAAAAAUACUGUCUCACGACGCAUGUUUUGUUAACCAAGUUAACAUCAGCAGGAGGUCACCAAGUCUCCUGAUACUUUUCAGAAAUGUAAUUGAUAUAAUGCCUAUAAUAAUUUCACUUAUAUCGAUGAAGACAUACUUAUGAACUCAUUUCUCUCAAUAUAUGAUUAUUGGACGUAUCAGAAGGCCAUUUAAAGGUUUAAUUUUCAGAAACUGACAACUUUAGAAAAAUGUUUCUACUGCAAAUCAAAGGGACAUUAUCUAUUACAUUUUCAAGAAGCAGUUUGAUUCCAGGUUAUCUAUAUUAUUGGAGUUGAACUUUUGCCAUUCAAUUGUAUAACAUGUUCAGUAUGUGUCCGUUAAAUCUGAUUCAUAAGUGCAUACAAUUUAAAGCACUGCAAAUUAAGUAUUUCAAUAAUGAUCGUUUCAAAGCAUAAUUUGCAGAUUGGGUAAAUGUACGCCUGUAUGCAUUGGGUCUUAUAUAAAAUUGAUUAAUGAACCUCAUAUCGUAAUUGAUAUAACUUACACAUAGACAAAAAUGUUUAUUAUGUCAAAUAUUAUUUUAUUUCUAAUGUCUUAUUAGGUGAAAGUAAUUUUUCUUUAUUGGAACUUUAAAGUUGGAAAAGUCCAUGAAUCAUGUAUUGAUUGUUCAUAAACUUAAUUGAAAACAAACCUCUUUUGACAUUGAAUUGACUCCACACAGCUCUAGAUACAUUAUGCUUUAAAAACU